AUGGACUUGCGUUCAAUAUUUCGCUCACUGAAGGCUUCACCAGCGAUCUAUGAGCUGAUUUCCAAUAACUUCAAUUUCUGGAAGCGCCAACUGACGAAUCAUUUUCCGUGGUACAAUGACUUGAAAUGGUAUGACGAUGACCUGAGAGAGUACAUAGUUUAUGGACAUCCAGCUCUCAAGGGCUCCGACCUAAUGCGGGUCGCAUUUCAACUGCAGGAGAUUCCAAAACUCGACAACCUUGACAUGAUAAGCAUGGCCAAUGAGAGAAGAAUUCAUCAGGUCUGCAAGCAUAUCGCCGAUAAAAUCCAAGUUCGGAGGGAAUUCCGGCAACAGCGACAACAGAAGUACAUGAAGGACGAAGAUGAAGCAGAAGACAUUGAGUUCGAAGACGAUAUGUACGACUGGCCACUUUGCUCAAUUAAGGCCGAUUCUCAUUGUUUUCAGCUUUCAGUUGUUCAUGGCAUCACAAGCCGGCGAGACAGGGACCUCCGCAGCAUUUACUGGGCCAAAUCAAUCGAGGAAUUCCAGCACACGCGAAUUUUCGACGCCUAUUUCGACGAUACGUUGGGUCUAGUUGGACUGUCGUUUGCGCCCUUUGGGGAAAGAAGGUAUUUUGGACGACACGGUAUGAGCGAGCUUGCCGAAACUCCCCUCAAAACUGAAAUGGUAGAAAUGGGUGAGAAUUCCACCAUGUUGAGACGACAGACUCGUUUGGGGGAUGAAAAAUCUCAUCUCCGACUCAUUAGCGUCGAGAUUGGCCCAGACAAAGACGUCACCGGAAUUAGUCUGCACAUGACAGGAACAAACCCCAGCGCGUACGCAAACACUUUCAGCGAGCUUGAGAUGACCUCUUCUGCGGAAGCGCCGCCUGUAGUGAUCCCCCCAUCCACCUUCAUUUUGGUUCUCGUGUACAAUUGUCCCGGUUUGAAGCAUGAACUCAUGCGCAGCAUCAGGUUUGCUCCAGAGAUCACCAGUCCAUCACACUGGGCGAUGAUUGCAAGCGAGAUACGUCUGGACGGGCUUGUCAUAGACCACUUUUACUUCCCUCACGGCAAGACGAGUGGCCGAAUUGGCGAAGAAACCAUCCUGAGUCUCGGGUUGCUUACGGCCCCUUUCGUCAACAACGAAACUCUUGACGCAGAAGAAGCUGGGUCAAUAAACAUCAAUCCGCUCGCCGAGCUCCUUUGGAAAGAUUCGUCGGCUCUUCGCUGGGAUCGAUGGAUCUGGCGAUGCAAUAGUUUUCUGUGGCUGAACAACUUGAUCCCUGAGAUCACCCGCGAAGUGGAAAGCAAUAUUUUCAACAACGACAUUGUCCCGAAUGAGUUGAUCGCCUGGAUUGAUGCGGUCGGGAAUGUCACCCUCAAGCGAGUAUCGGGAUGGCUUGCACCUACAGGCAGCCCGCUGCCGGCGCCUGAGCAUUGCGAGUUGAGUUCUGGCGAGGUCGAAACCAUCGGUGCGACUGAGAUCAAUGGCGUCUGUUGGCCAGAAGAGGAACUCGUCCACUUUGACGUUGACGUUGAAAAUGGCGAAGAGAUCAAUGAGAUUGGUGUGGCAUCGGAUGCUGGGGACAUGCCGGCAGUCUACAUGCGAACAAACCGGGAUCGAGAGAUGCUCUUCGCCAGAGGAAGCGAUCUUCCGGAUCAGUGGAACUCUUUUGCUGGAAUGUCUUACAUCGGAGCCCUGUCAGGCUUCCUUGAGGAUGGCGGUUCGGAUGAAGAUGAAGCGGGGGAACGGGGUGCUGAGAGAGAUAGCAAUGAUAAAGACGAUGGAGAUGAUGGCCUGGUCGGAAAUCUCGAAGAAGCAAAUGAGGAGUAG